CAGGGUAGAGCUAUGAAAAAGCAAGGAAGAAGGUGAAAUCACAGCCUCAGAGAGAAGACACCAACAAAGAGGAGGGAUAGAGAUGAGUGGAGGAGAGAGCGCCGAUCAGUGAGCUCUCCAGAGAGGAAGACGAAGGAGAUGAGCAGCCAGAGAGGGAGGGAGGGUGAGCAGCCAGCACAGAGGACAUCCAUCAGCUGAAGUAGCCAUGCUCUGAGCCCUGGAGCAGCAGGGCUACGCAGACAGAGCACAGGCCCUGAAUCAGGCCACCGCUCAGCCCUACAUCCCUUCCACAGACAGCAGAUCCUAUCCUCCUCCGCUGCAAGCAAGAACCAUGAGGACGGCCCGGAAGGGCAGCGUGGAGAUGCCUGCGUUUGUGAGACAGCUGGUCAAAGAAACAGAGAAGAGGGUCAGCUCUUUCUUCAAAGGAGGCCGUGGGGGAGCAUCGGAAGGGGAGCAGCCAGGGGAGGGGGAGAAAGAGGAGGUCAUUCCCAGCCCCUACCUAGACCGACCAGUACUGGACAAGCUGACGGAGGAGGGCUGUGCCCGGUGGGGCCUUACCUACGCCCUGGGGAGCAUGCAGGGCUGGAGGGCCAACAUGGAGGACUUCCACAACUGUGUACCACAGCUGGGGGGAGAGCUCGCAGAGUGGAGCUUCUUCGCCGUAUUUGAUGGCCACGCCGGCAGCAGCGUGGCUCAGUACUGCUCUCAGCACCUUCUGGGUCACAUCCUGGCCACAGCUGGUGUCCGACUGGAGGACCACCCUGAAAAAGUGAAAGGGGCCAUCACAGAGGGCUUCAUGCAAACAGACAAGCACCUGCACUCGGUGGCCCGGCGAGAAGGCUGGGAGAGAGGCGGCACCACCGUGGUGUCCGCCCUCAUCUCCCCAUAUUACAUCUACAUUGCCAACUGUGGCGACUCCAGGGCCAUGCUGUGCCGCUCGGGGCAGGUGUUCUUCUCCACUGAGGACCACAAACCCUACUGCCCUCUGGAGAAGGAGCGAAUUGAAAGUGCCGGCGGGUCAGUGUCCCUUCAGAGAAUCAACGGCUCCCUGGCCGUGUCCCGGGCUUUGGGGGACUUCAGCUACAAAGGGGCAGAAAAUCGGACCCCCAGCCAGCAGAUGGUCUCACCAGAGCCAGAGGUGUGCAUCGUAGAGCGCUCGCCCUCGGACGAGUUCCUGGUUCUGGCCUGCGAUGGGGUGUGGGACACCAUCAGCAAUGAGGAGCUGUGUGCUUUCAUCCACAACCGGCUGCAGGUCUGCACGGACCUGAGGGAUGUCUGCAGUCAGGUCAUCGACCUCUGUCUGUACAAGGGCAGCCUGGACAACAUCAGCAUCAUUUUGCUCUGCUUCCCGGGUGCCCCCCAACUGUCAGCGGUGGCGUUACACCAGGAGGCCGAGUUGGAGGACCUGCUGGAAUCCAAAGUGGCAGAAAUAUAUGAUGAGUUAUCAGCAACUGGGGAGGAGCCUGACCUCCUGUCAGUCCUCACGGUCCUGGCGUCCACCGCUAUUCCUGGAUUACCUCCUGGUGGAGGCAUACAGAGCAAGAGGAACUGUAUUAUCUCUGCUUACUAUCAUCAAAGAGAAACACACCAGCAUGCAGUACCAAAUGCUGUGGGAACGUCAUGAAGCCCUGGAGUGGAGACUGUCUCUAACCUGUAAUUAAUGUGAAUAUUGAACCGUUUUCCUAAUGUGUCCAAUCUAACCAAAAGGGAUAUCACAUGACCUGGCAAAGGUGUCAGUUUACAUCAUGUUAGAAAGCAAGGAAAUGGUGAAAGCAGUGAGUGCCAUGCAAAAAAUAAAAGAAAUCUAAUAGAGACUUAAAGUUUAUAUAUUUAUAUGAGACAAAUAUUUUGUAAAACUCAGAUGCAGAGCAAGCAAUGAACCUCUGGCGCUAAUCCAGUGAACACACAGCCCAGCUAAUAUUUCAAAACCAACUGUGACACGGUACAUUUUUAUCAGUUGAAAACCUUGACUUUUUCAUGCGCAUAUUAAAGAUUUAAAUAUAAUAGUAUAAAAAAAGUUGAACAGUUUAAACUCAAUUUCUGUUUCAGCUUUAAAGCUAUAACUAUAAGUAAACAUACAGAUGGAUAUUUGUUCCUACCAGGCUUUUAGCUGGCAAUGUGUAAGGGCGUACAUUGUAUGCCCUUUACUAAAAAAAAUUACAAAUUGUAUGCCCUGUUUUUUGGGAUGUACGGUUUUGGUACCCCCUAAUUUGCCUCUGGAAACUUCACUCAAAUUUUCAAAAUUUCUGAAACAGCAGAUAAACCAAUGAGAGAAGCUGAUCUAGGAGGUGGCAAGGAGACAGACUGCUGAGGCAGAGCGCUAUGAUCA